AUGAAAUUUUCAAAAGCUGAGGGAUGGAAUGUUUUUUUAUUACUAAAAUCAAUCGAACAAAAUUUUUGUCCACAUGUAUCAACCGAAUUUAUGGACUUGUUUAUUAAUGAAUUCUUUGUUGGGGCUCAGAAUUUUCAAUUAACAAUGUACUUUUUAAGAUUUUUAAUACCAACUGGAAACAUAAAUGUAGUAAAACUUAUCCAUUUAAAAUUCAAUGUAUUGUUUUCAAGAAGGUACUCUCAAAAGAAUAAAACAGGUGUUUUAGAACUAAAAGAAUUAAAAGAAUUAUUAUCAUUUGCUUUAAGAAAAGACUAUGUCGAAAUUUUUCAAAUUUUAGUGCAAUACGCCAAUUUAACAAAAUUAGAAUGUGAAAAGGAAUUAAAAGAAACGAAAUUUUCAAUAAUAAAAGAAACCAUUCUUUUAAAGAAUGAUUAA